CUACCUAUGUAGGUACAGUACAGUAUCGUGCACACAAAAGGCCCUCAAACCGCAACCACAAUCACAAAACCUCAACAACAACAACAACAACAACAACCAGCACAACAAGCAGCAGCAGAAGACGGUGAGCACGCUCACCACAGGAAACAGCGCUCCGCGGAGCCCGGGGUAAGGUCCUGUAUGUACCUAUCUACGUAUACACGUACGGCCACCAGCCUUCUCUCUCUCUCUCGCACAGCACGCACCAAUCAAGCCCACCGCACACGUACCCAGGCCCCCCUCCCCGGACGCCCAAUAUCGCCCAUUCAAUCCAAUCCCCACACCCCGCCCGCCGCCGCCGCCGUACAUACGCAUACAUACAGACUUACCUGCCCAGCACGUUAUUUAUACACCCACCCAUACAGUGCACUCGACUCGACUCGCCUUAACCCGGUUCGGCUCAGCCCUACGCCCCACGCCCUACAGCCCUACGCCCCACGGCUUGCGUGCUUGCGUGCGUGCGUGCGUGCGUGCGUGCGUGCGUGCUGACAUGCCUUAGAGCGGUGAAAGGGCCGCACCCACACAGCACACAGCCAGUGGGCUGCUGCUUACCUAGGUAGUUAGCUAGUUCGCGACAGUGGGUGACGGUGGUGACGGUGGUGACCGCCGGAGACAGGCGGAGUUG